ACGAAAAGUCAUUUCAAAUCACGUUUUCCUUCUGCUCAGACCGGCAGUUGUUGUGAAUUUCCAUUGGUUAUAAUUAUAAUUAUUUUUUCUUUGUGAAAUAUAUUUAAUUAAAACAGUGAAUCAAAUAAUUUUCAACAUGUAUCGCCUGCCAGCAACAAUUUCUCGUCUCUCCGUUGCCCGCCAAUAUGCUGUGCGCCAAAUGUCAAAGGACGUUAGGUUCGGACCAGAAGUACGUGCUCUUAUGCUUCAAGGCGUUGAUGUACUAGCCGAUGCUGUAGCCGUUACUAUGGGACCAAAAGGACGCAACGUUAUCAUUGAACAGUCAUGGGGUUCACCAAAGAUCACAAAAGAUGGUGUCACCGUUGCUAAGUCAAUUGAAUUAAAAGACAAAUUCCAAAACAUUGGCGCCAAAUUGGUACAAGAUGUUGCCAACAACACUAACGAAGAAGCUGGAGAUGGAACAACUACAGCUACUGUUUUGGCCCGCGCUAUCGCCAAGGAAGGUUUUGAGAAAAUCUCCAAGGGUGCCAAUCCAGUAGAGAUUCGUCGUGGUGUUAUGAUUGCAGUUGAUGCUGUUAAGGACAAUCUCAAAGCUAUGUCCCGUCCUGUAAGCACACCCGAAGAAAUUGCUCAGGUAGCCACAAUCUCUGCUAACGGAGACGUUGCAGUAGGAAACCUCAUCAGCGAGGCCAUGAAGAAAGUGGGACGUGAUGGUGUCAUCACUGUUAAGGAUGGAAAAACCUUAACCGAUGAACUAGAAGUAAUUGAAGGCAUGAAAUUCGACAGAGGAUAUAUUUCGCCGUAUUUUAUUAACUCUUCGAAGGGUGCCAAGGUUGAAUUCCAAGAUGCUCUGGUAUUGUUUUCCGAGAAGAAAAUCUCCUCCGUUCAAUCAAUCAUCCCAUGUCUUGAACUUGCCAAUGCCCAAAGGAAACCUUUAGUGAUUAUUGCUGAAGAUAUUGACGGAGAAGCCUUGAGCACCUUAGUGGUGAACCGUUUGAAAAUCGGUCUUCAGGUUGCAGCUGUAAAAGCUCCAGGUUUCGGUGAUAACCGCAAAUCCACUCUGACCGACAUGGCUAUUUCUUCGGGUGGUAUUGUCUUUGGUGACGAUGCUAAUUUGGUGAAGCUGGAAGAUGUUCAACUCAGUGAUUUGGGAAAAGUUGGUGAGGUCGUUAUCACAAAAGACGACACUCUUUUGUUGAAGGGCAAGGGCAAGAAGGAGGACAUUGACAGGCGUGUAACCCAAAUUAAGGAUCAAAUUGAAGAAACUACCUCUGAAUAUGAAAAGGAAAAGCUACAAGAACGUCUUGCUCGUCUUGCUUCUGGAGUAGCACUCUUGCGUGUUGGUGGAUCCAGCGAAGUUGAGGUGAACGAAAAGAAGGACCGUGUUCAUGACGCACUAAAUGCAACCCGCGCUGCUGUUGAAGAAGGUAUCGUUCCCGGAGGUGGUACUGCCUUGCUGCGUUGCAUUCCCAAAUUAGAUGGCCUUAAAGGUGCCAACGAAGAUCAAAACAUGGGAAUUGAUAUUGUUCGUCGCGCUCUUCGUAUGCCAUGUAUGACCAUCGCCAAAAAUGCCGGCGUUGAUGGUGCCAUGGUUGUAGCUAAGGUUGAGGUCAAGGACGGAGAUUUCGGCUACGACGCAUUGAAGUCUGAAUAUGGAAACCUCAUCGAAAAAGGUAUCAUCGAUCCCACCAAAGUUGUGAGAACCGCCUUGACUGAUGCUUCCGGUGUUGCUUCCCUCCUAACGACAGCUGAAGCUGUUGUCUGUGAAUCUCCCAAAGAAGAUGGCGCUCCUGGUGGUAUGCCUGGUAUGGGUGGCAUGGGAGGCAUGGGAGGUAUGGGUGGAAUGGGCGGUAUGAUGUAAAAGCAAUAACCACUGACCAUCCAGCGCAUCACUGCUUACUUUAUACAUAAAAUGUACUUUUUGUUUCAUUUUAUUAUUUUUUUUUUGUAUUUUUAAAAACAAAUUCCGUUUCUUUUUUUACGUUACUUCCAUUUAUUAUUAUACAUAUUAUAUAUGUAAAAACAGAACAAUUUUAUUUUUGUUUGUAAGUGCAGCAAGUCGCAAUUGGUUGAUCUUAAGACUUACAUUAGAUUGAGAAGAAGAUUUAAAUCAUUCGACUGAGUGUGCACUUAAGUGGGAGUUUCUUUCAAGAAAAAUAAUAAUAGAUUUUAGUUACCUGUUAAUAAAAAAUUAUAAAACGUGUUUUUAGAAAACCUGUUAAAUUGCAUUUAUCUUUACGGGUUUUUUAGUUUAUACGAAAAUUUAAUUGUACGUCUUAUUUCGGGACAAAUAAAAUUAUAUAAUUUUUAAAAAUAAAA